AUGGGAAAACGAAAAACGAAACAAGAGGACUCCGGAGACGAAUAUGACGCGAAUGAGUUGAUGAUUAUUCCAGGUAGCAAGAAAAAUCUAGUAAAAGUGCACAAAGUAUGCAAUUUUAUAGGUGAAAAACGGAAGAAAAUCGAAAAAAGUGGCGAGAAGUCGGCUACCGGUGGGAAAAAGAAUCGAAACUUCACAAAAGAAAAGGAGGAGGCCAAGUUGACGAAGCAGGCGAAACGAAAAUUGGCUGCAGUGCAAGCUAGGAAAGCUUUGAAGCAAACUCAAGAAGAAUUAUUCGCUGGACUUGCCGAAGUUCAAUUGGACCCUUCAAAAAUGAAUCAGCUUACUUCUAGUACCAAAAUCUCGCAGAAAGAAGAAAAGUAUGGUUUUUUUUUCUCUAAUCUUUAUUUUUCAGUUGAUUUUUUGCAAGAAAAGACAUUUUCACCUGAAUUCUAUAAAAAAUCUCAUUCUCAGGACUCCAAAUUUUCCCGAAAAGCUGAAAGUAAGUCCGAUGAGAAACGCGUUCAGCAGGACUACUAUCCAACCGACGAUGAGCAAUCCACGUCAUCUGAGGAGGAAGAACAAGAAGAAGACGUUCCUGAAGUUGUUCAAGAAAUCAAAAUCGAACCGAUUGACGUGGAUGAUGUUGACGUGGAAGAAGUGAAAGUUCCGGAAAAUUCUGGAAAUUCAGAGGAUUUCGUGGUGAAACGAGAGGAUGAUAAAGAAUCCGACGAUGAGGAUAUUUUGGCGCUCCCCACGACCACUGUGAUCAAUCGAAAGAAAUUUCUCGUUGAACGAAGCGAAGAAAUUCAAAAAUCCAGAGCGGAAUUGCCGAUUUUUGCCGAAGAGAUGCGUAUCGUAGAGGCGAUCAAUGAGAAUUUGGUUACGGUAAUCUGCGGAGAGACUGGUUCCGGAAAAACGACUCAAAUUCCACAGUUUCUCUAUGAAGCUGGAUAUGCAUCAGAAGGAGAAUUGAUUGGCAUCACUGAGCCACGACGUGUGGCGGCGAUUGCAAUGGCUCAGCGAGUCGGCGUGGAAUUGGGAAAACCAGAAAAUGUAUCGUAUCAAAUUCGAUAUGAAGGAACACGAUCCAAAGAGACCAAUAUUCUUUUUAUGACUGAUGGAGUGUUGAUGAAGGAGAUGGAACAGGAUGUUAUGUUGAAAAAAUACUCGGUUAUUUUAAUCGACGAGGCUCACGAACGCUCAAUGUACAGUGAUGUGUUGAUUGGAAUGCUCUCGAGAAUCGUACCACUUCGUGCCAAUACUCCACGUCCAUUGCGUCUGGUUAUCAUGUCCGCUACACUCAGAUUGGACGAUUUUACACAUAAAAAACUCUUCCCUCUUCUAACCCCAAAAGUGAUCAAAGUGGAUGCUCGUCAAUUCCCUGUAUCCAUUCAUUUCGAGAAACGAACUCCUGACGACUACAUCUCCUCGGCAUUCCGAAAAACGUGUCGAAUCCACGAAACUCUUCCUCCAGGAGCCAUUUUGAUCUUCGUCACCGGUCAAAACGAGGUUCGACAGCUAAUGACAAAACUCAAAAAGCGAUAUGCAGUGAUUUAUGAAAUGGAUAAGAAUGGAGAGGUUUUGGUGAAAGGAACCAAGGAAUGGAAGGAGAAGAAGGCGGAGGCAGCAAAGAAUAUCAAGUUGGAGGAUUUUAAAGAAGUCCCUUCAAAAAAGAGGUUUUCAGAAGAAACGCCAGAAAACGAUCUGCGUGAAGACGAAGAUAAUGUGCUAGAUGGAGAUGAUAUGAACGAGAGAGGAGCUGCUGAGGCGUUCGAUGAUUAUGAGGAGUUUGAGAAUGGCGAUGGGGAUUUGGAGAAUGGCAGAGUUGAGAACCUCGUCGGACCACCACCAGCCGAUUGUGAACCUCUCUACUGUCUUCCACUUUACUCUCUCCUCUCCAUGGGAAAACAACGACGAGUUUUCGAUGAAACGCCAGCUGGAAUGCGUCUUUGUGUCAUUUCUACAAAUGUCGCUGAGACCUCCCUGACUAUCCCAGGCGUCAAAUACGUCAUCGACGGUGGCUUCGAGAAGCGUCGUCUCUACGAUUCUAUCACUGGAGUCUCUCGAUUCGCCGUCUGCCGAAUCUCUCAAGCAUCAGCCGAUCAACGAGCGGGCCGUGCUGGAAGAAUCUCAGCUGGCCAUGCUUAUCGUCUCUACUCGUCGGCUGUUUAUCAGGAUUUUGUAAAAUUCGCAGAUCCAGAGAUUCUAUCAAAGCCUGCAGAUCAGCUAGUGCUCCAUUUGAAAACAAUGAAUAUCGUGAAAGUUGUCAAUUUUCCAUUCCCAUCUGCUCCAGAUGAGCAAAUGCUUGAAGCGGCUGAAAAGCGGCUAAUUCGUCUUGGAGCCCUCUCGGAAAAUACUACAACCAAUGGGAGUACUGUAGCUCGAAUUACGAAGUUGGGAAAAACGCUGGCAGUUUUUCCAUUGGCACCGUCCUAUGCUAAAUUCAUCGCAAUGGCCGAUCAACACGAUUUGAUGAGUCAUGCGAUUUUGUUGAUUUCGAUGCUUUCCGUCCGCGAACCGUUGAUCCCAGUCUCAUCACUACGUGGAUCGACUCCAGAAGAAACCAAGGAAUUAAUGAAGACCGUACUAAAAGAGAGAAGAAAAUGGUGCUCACAGACAGGAGCUCGUCGAUUGGGCGAUCUAAAAGUUCUGGUGCACGCGGCUACGGUAGCUGAACAGGUUAAGUAUAACGCUCGAGAAUGUGAAAAAGUCGGUCUACGAGUGAAGGCGCUCGUCGAGGCGCGAAAACUCCGUCAACAGCUCACGAACAUUGUAAAUGCGUCGUGUAAAAAGGAUCAAGUCGCUGUGUUGGACGCCGAUCUUCCACCACCAACAGAUCAGCAGGCACAGUUGUUGAGACAAAUGGUCGUCGCCAGCUUCUCGGAUCGUCUCGCUCGUCGUGUCGAUCGUUCUGUUGGCCCGGAGGAAGUACAGAAGGGCGCCUACGAGACGACACUCAUCACAGAGCAUGUAUUCAUUGAUCCAUGCUCCGUUCUGUUCACCGAAGAGCCAGAAUUUGUGAUUUAUCAGGAAUUGGUUCAGGUGAACGAAAAGAAGCUGAUGACAUCGGUGUGCGCUGUGGACAAGGAAUGGAUCAGUCGUCUUGCAGAAUCUUGGUGUCGAUUUGGAGAGCAAGACAAAAAUCAGGAGCCAAUUUAUGAUUCUGUUAAGGACGCCGUUGUGAAAACGGUAAAAGUGGCCUUUGGACCGUUGGGCUGGGAACUGCCCAACGAGAAUCGUCCCGUGCCCCAUGAUAUCAUGAAGUACCGAUAUUUUGCGGUAUUCCUUCUGGACGGACAGAAACGAACAGAAGCAUUGUUGAAUAAGUUGAUUGAUAAGGAGGUCACCACACGUGCGUCGCUGAAGGAGCAAUGGCUGAAAAAUGAGAAUUGGCUGCUGGAAGAGUAUUUGGAAUGGGUUCCAGAAUCCAUUCAUCAGACAGUUACAAUGAUGUGGCCACCAUUGGAAGAACAUGAGAAAACGCAUAAAAUGGGAAGAAAUAAGAAAUAUUAG